AUGACUAAACGCGAGAGCACAAAUAGAGAACACGUUAGUAAUGCUGCGAUUAUUGGUAUUGCAAAUUUGUAUGGUGUCUCAUUCAUGUUAAAGUGCCCAAUCUCGAAAACAAAGACUUUUGUUGUUGAAGACCACAUCACCAUUGCAAAGACUUCUCUCUACGACAAGGUAGUUGUUUCUGACUGUAAAAAGAGCGAAGAUGCACUUUUGUUAAAUGUGGUGUCUGAUUUUCUUAUUAAUACACAGAAGCUUUCAUUUAAAUUACGAAAGGCACGUCGUGCCACAAAGACAAUCAAACUGUCGAAGUAUGAAUGCAUAGAUCCUUUCAAUGAGACUGGAUUUACUUCAUUUGGCAAAGGUGUAAUUACAAUAAUAAGAAGUCUUCCAAAGGUAUCAUUUUCAAAAAAGCAAGAAACUGCGUCUUUAGAUGCAUUUAAUGAGCAAAUCUUUUCUUUAUAUUCAAUGUCAGUGUUGGAUAUAAACAACCUCUCUUCGAAUGGUCAACGUGAAUUUGGAACGAUGCGUGUCACUUCUACUGUUACGCCAUCGAUACCACAAGAUCAAGUGCAUUCUUAUGAACAACAAAAUGUAAACGAAGUGUAUAAAAAUAAAAGAGAUACUAUUGAAAGUAAUGGAAAUAGUGAUUUGAAUAUACAUCAUAAUGGGUGUGUAAGUUCACCAAAUGGCUGUUAUUUCUAUUAUAAUGCUGAUGGUGUACUUUGUUGUAAUGUGUCAUAUAUUGUUGUACCCUUGGAGUGUGGAAAUACAAAUGUAUGA